GGCGCGGACAGCGGCGCUCAGUCUGGCCGUGCUUUUGCAGGUGAUUGUGGUUAAUAAAGUGAUAGCAGCAUGAGGGAGAUUGUCCAUCUGCAAGCAGGCCAGUGCGGCAACCAGAUUGGAGCGAAGUUUUGGGAAGUCAUUAGUGAUGAGCAUGGCAUUGAUCCUACUGGAGCCUAUCAUGGAGAUAGCGAUCUUCAACUGGAAAGGAUUAAUGUCUACUACAACGAGGCUACAGGUGGAAAAUAUGUACCACGAGCCAUUCUCAUGGAUUUAGAACCUGGUACUAUGGACUCUGUUCGUUCUGGACCCUUUGGACAGAUUUUCAGGCCAGAUAACUUUGUGUUUGGUCAGAGUGGUGCUGGUAACAAUUGGGCCAAAGGUCAUUACACUGAUGGUGCCGAAUUGAUUGACUCUGUUCUGGAUGUGGUGAGGAAGGAGGCUGAGGGUUGUGAUUGUCUUCAAGGCUUUCAACUCACCCACUCGCUAGGUGGUGGUACUGGAUCGGGCAUGGGUACACUCCUUAUCAGUAAGAUUCGAGAAGAAUAUCCUGAUAGAAUCAUGAAUACAUUUAGUGUUGUGCCCUCACCUAAAGUAUCAGACACUGUAGUAGAGCCUUAUAAUGCAACUCUAUCUGUCCAUCAGCUCGUGGAGAACACUGAUGAGACAUUUUGCAUUGAUAAUGAGGCUCUUUAUGACAUCUGCUUCCAUACCCUUAAACUGACUACUCCUACUUAUGGUGAUUUAAAUCAUUUAAUGUCCGCAACCAUGAGUGGUGUAACAACUUGUUUGAGAUUCCCUGGGCAGUUGAAUGCUGACUUACGAAAACUAGCAGUAAACAUGGUUCCAUUUCCCCGCCUGCAUUUUUUCAUGACAGGCUUUGCUCCUUUGACCAGCCGUGGUAGCCAGCAGUACCGUGCUCUCACAGUACCUGAGCUUACCCAACAGAUGUUUGAUGCCAAGAACAUGAUGGCUGCCUGUGACCCUCGACAUGGCCGUUACCUGACAGUUGCUGCCAUUUUCAGAGGCCGUAUGUCUAUGAAGGAGGUUGAUGAACAGAUGCUGAAUGUACAGAAUAAGAAUAGUACCUAUUUCGUGGAAUGGAUUCCCAAUAAUGUUAAGACUGCUGUUUGUGACAUCCCACCUCGAGGGCUCAAAAUGUCUGCCACUUUCAUUGGCAACAGUACAGCUAUUCAGGAGCUGUUCAAGCGCAUUUCUGAGCAGUUUACUGCUAUGUUUCGAAGGAAAGCUUUCUUGCAUUGGUACACUGGUGAGGGUAUGGAUGAAAUGGAGUUUACUGAGGCUGAGAGCAACAUGAAUGACCUGGUAUCUGAGUAUCAACAAUAUCAGGAUGCUACAAUUGGAGAUGAAGGUGAAUUUGAGGAGGAGGGGGAGGAAGAGGCUGCAUAAACAGCAUUGUAUAUUAUGAACUUCUAAACCUGUUUUCUUUGUUACAUUAAGACCUGUUUCUGAAGUUUGUCUUUUUUCUUGUAGUUUCAUAUAUUUUCUGUUUUAUAUUGACUCGUGGUUUGAAAAUUUUAAAUAAAAAUGGUUGCUAAUUUAAUUGUAGAUGUUUCUAUCUUGACAAGC